GGGCUCCUGGGCAGGCGGGCGCGUCCCAGAGCCGACGGGAAAGAGUGCAAGUGGGCGGUUUAUGAUUCUGCGCUGUGCUGGGGCAAGUGAGCUUAGCUCUUUAAUUUUCCCCUAGUAACCUAUGUGGGUGAACUUGAAACGGCGGGCCUGGCCUGAUAGGGAGUCUUUCACCGGUUGCCUUGGUGUCCUGUCCUGGUAGGAGAACGAUGUCUGGGAGAAGACCAGGACUUCGUUUUGGGGUGCUAGGGACGCACCAGAGGAUUAGGGUGCCCUGGCUCUGGUCUUUGCAAAGUCCGGACAGGUGCACCUGAAAUGAACGCCCAGAUUGGCUGUUAAAACUGAACUUUUAAAAAAUUUAUUUUUUAUUUUUUGGCGGUGGAGAUAUCUGUCGUCUGUGAAUCGAGUACCGUGAUGUGGUUAGGGUGGCACUUUUUAUUUUUUCUGGGUUAACGAACCCUCCCUUUUCUUUUUAACCGGGUGACACAGAAGCAAUCUUGUUGCCUUAUGUCCUGCCCAACUCUCAACAUUGGCUGGAAUCAGAGGGAAGCAGCAGGCUUGGUCCUAGGCGUUUUUGUUUGUUUGUUGGGCUGUCCUUUGUCUCUGGUGGAUUUGGACGCAAAAGAAGAUGAAAAAGGAAGGCUCCUUCAGACUGAAGCCAAAAGCUGCUUCUCUCUCACGUGCUGUGAGUUGGAUAAAUUUCUCCUCCUUGUCCAGGCAGACAAAGAGGCUGUUCCGCAGUGAUGGGGAGCUCUCGGUGGGCGAGCAGCAGGUGGGAGCUGACGAUGAGAACUGGAGAUACAGAACCCAGCCCCGGAAAGCGGUUUCCAACCUAGACGAGGAGAGUCGAUGGACAGUGCACUAUACUGCCCCAUGGCACCAACAGGAAAAUGUGUUCCUUCCUUCCACUAGACCCCCAUGCGUUGAGGACCUGCACCGCCAAGCCAAGCUCAACCUCAAAUCAGUAUUGAGGGAAUGUGAUAAACUGAGGCACGAUGGGUACCGAAGCUCUCAGUACUACUCUCAGGGACCCACCUUUGCGGCCAGCUCCAGCCCGCUCAGCGACGAUGACCAGGAUGGCGAUGCUGACACCGAUCACAAGUAUCCUCUGUCUUCCUCAGAAGAGGAGAGGCACAUUUCCAUCCGGCGACCUAAAACACCAACCUCAGGUGACUUCUCUGACCUUAAUACGCAGACCAACUGGACCAGGUCACUUCCACUGCCAACACCAGAAGAGAAGAUGCGGCAGCAAGCACAGACAGUCCAGGCUGAUGUGGUUCCCAUUAACAUAACCGGGGAGAAUUUCGAUCGCCAGGCCAGCCUUCGGCGGUCUCUAAUUUACACAGACACUCUGGUAAGACGACCGAAGAAAGUCAAAAGGAGAAAGACUAUUACAGGAGUCCCUGACAACAUACAGAAGGAGCUAGCGUCAGGCACUAGCCAAGAGGAUGUGGGUGACUGCUCUGUGUAUGCCGGGGACCACUGCUCCACCCUGGGAAGGCUUAAUGGCUACCACCCUGCUGGGCAGCGCUCGGAAACCCGGGACUCCAGCUGCCAGACCGAGGACGUGAAGGUCGUGCCACCUUCUGUGAGAAGAAUCAGGGCAUAUAAGGGGCAAGGCAUCGCAGCCCAGAUGAGCCACUUCUCUGGCUCCUCCGGCAACAUGUCGGUGCUGAGUGAUUCGGCCGGAGUGGUGUUCCCCUCUCGCCUCGAUGGCGAUGCUGGCUUCCACAGCCUCCCGCGCUCUGCGGUGAGGACGCGCCUUCAGUCACUAGGUGCCUUGGGCCCUGCCGAUGAGGUGGAUGGCACUUUACCCUACCAGAGGGGUCGUUUACAAGGAGACGAGAACCUGGCUUCCUUGGGAGGGUUCUCUAGGACUGGAAUGCUUCUAAGACCCCGAUCUGAAGAGCUGCGGCCCUUUGAGAGUGAAAAUUUGACAAGUCCUGCAUGUGUGGUCUCUCCCCACGCCACCUACUCCACCAGCAUCAUCCCAAAUGCCACUCUCUCCUGCUCCUCCGAGAUCAUGGUUCUUCAUACUGCUCAGAGUGCAGGGCAGCUAGAAGGUAAAAUGACCGGCUCAUCCCCGUACCUGAAGGUCACUCCCCGUGACCACUUCACCACCAGGCGUGCUGCCAGGGAUGGACACCAGCUUCCGGGUGAUCACUGGAGUGACCACUCCCCAACCAUCCUUUCCCAAGCCUUUGACACCCAAGGCCCCGGGGUGUCGCUCUGUGAUUCAGAAGUGCCUCUGGGCAACCCAGUUCAUAGGGAAAAUGGCUCCCACGUCCUAACCUACCACUGUAGAAAUAAUCUCAGCUUCCCAGGCCACACCCACGAUAUGGAUGGCAAGAGCGAGUCUAGCUCCUCAGGGGGCAGAGCUUCAGGGCCUGAACACGCUUCCCCAUUGAAGCCACAUCCAACCACCCCGGGUCACUCCUCUCCCACAAGUAACCUGAGCAGCUGCAGCCUGGACCAGACAUCCAACAGAGAGGACGGAAGCUCGGUGUAUUCAGAGGAGCACAACUGCUACCCACUGCGGCGCACAGACUCUGCGCUCGGGUCCAGCCACGUGGGCAGCGGAGCCGAUGGCUUCGGAAACCCCAGGCACAGUGUGGUAAACGUUUUCGAUGGUGGAAGACCUCCGAGAAGCCAAGGUGACCGGCCAAACGACCACGACAAAUCCCUUUCGAGAAACAUCUCUCUGAGGAAGGCCAAGAAGCCUCCCCUACCACCCUCCCGGACAGACUCCCUCCGCAGGGCACCCAAGAAGAACGGCCAGUCUAACGGGCAGGUGCUCAAUGAGAGUCUGAUCGCCACGCUCCAGCACUCGCUGCAGCUGAACCUGCCGCCCGGCCUGGGCGGUGCUGGCGGCGGCAGCUCGCCCUCGCACAGCCCUUGCAGUGACCUGGAGGAGUCGUGGCUGCCACGCUCGCGGAGCCAGAGCACGGUCAGCGCCGGCAGCAGCCUCACCUCCGCCACCACAGCCAACGUCUCCUCUAUGGGUGGCGCCACACCUGCGCCAAGUGACACGAGCAGCGUCAAGUCCGAGUACGCCGAUCCAUGGUGCUACUACAUCGACUACACUGGCCUUCAGGAGGACACGGCUGGCCCCGGGGUGCCCGCAGCCAACGGUCCAGUCCGCCAGGGCCCUGAUGGAGCCAGGGCUGCCAUGCCACCACCAGGGCCCGGGACUGCAGUCAAACCAAAGGUGCCAUCGCCAGAGAAGUGCCACCGGGUCACUUCGCCAUCCAGUGGGUAUUCCAGCCAGUCCAACACACCCACCACACUCACCCCAGUGCCUGUGUUUCUGAAGUCGGCAUCACCAGCCAAUGGGAAGGGGAAAGCCAAGCCCAAGGUACCAGAAAGGAAGUCCUCCUUGAUCUCAUCCAUGUCCAUUUCCUCCUCGUCCACUUCCCUCUCCUCCAAUGCCUCCACCGAGGGCAGUGGCACUGUGAAGCGGCUGGAGCCGGCCCUGGCCUCGCCCCCUGCCCUGCCGCCUCAUCAGGCUGACAGGUCUCUCCUUCCCCCUCCGCCUCCAACCGAUGGCUCCGAGGAGCCCCCUUUGCCUCUCUCCCCCGUGUUCCCCCCUCCGCCGCCGGAAGCCCUCAUGCCCUUCUGCUCUCCAACCUCCUACGGGGUCCUCCCUCCACCUCCACCACCACUCAGUCCCCUGCUCCCAGGCACCUCGGCUUCCCUGCCAUUGCCCCCACCAGCUCCCCCUCUUGACCCCAAAUUCAUGAGGGACCCCAGGCCCGCUGGCCGACCCGAGCCCUCCCGGGAGGCCCUGAAAUCACCUUCCAGCAGGGAAGAAGGCAGCAGGCCCCCCAUGCCGCUCAUCACCACCGAGGCGCUGCAGAUGGUGCAGCUGAGGCCAGUGAGGCGGCACCCCAGCGCCAAGGUGGCAGCAUCACCCGAGUGCGCAGCUCAGGAACAAGGAACUCCAGCCUCUCCGCCGUGCCACUUAAAGCCAUCUGCCGUUCUGAAAGCCCGAAAUAGCAUAAAUGAGAUGGAGAGUGAAAGCCAGCCUGCCUCUGAGACGAGCUCGCUUCCGACGCCUGCCAGGAGCUCCAGUCUGGGUGACCAUGACCAACCAACCGAGCGAGGCGACCCUACACAGCACAGCCCAGGAGCUCUGUGCUCCAGAGCGGGCCAGGCAGGGGCUCAGCACGGCCCAGGGUCCGCCCCCCUCCCAGACUCUUCUCCCAGCAGGAAGCCGCCCCCUAUUUCCAAGAAGCCCAAACUGUUCCUUGUGGUGCCACCCCCGCAGAGAGACUGCGCCGCCCAGCCUGCAGAGAACGUGAGCCCCGCCUUCCCAGCCACCCCCAGCCCCAGCAGGGCCGAGGAGGGCUCUGUGCACAGCCAAGGUACCGGAGAGAUUUCAGGGACCCCUGUCGGCUCUCAUGUGCCCAGCCCAGGCAGCUCGCUCACGGAGGCAGGAGCUGCAGGAGUUGUGUGCCCCAGCAAAGUGGAAACUGAUGUCCCCAUGGUACAGCCCAAUUCCUCACCAACUCUUAAGCAGGAUGAGCCAGCAGAGAGUAAUCCAGACGAUGGGGGCAACGCGGAGAGCUGCCUGUCUCAACAGGACCAAGAAGCUGUGGUUCCAGAAGCCAGCCCAUCCUGUGCUGCCUCGGAGAUCUUUGACCCCCCUAAGGAAGAGGGCAGUGAUGAGGUGAUGACCCCCAGCCGGCCCAGGACCACAGAAGACCUUUUCGCAGCUAUUCACAGAUCCAAAAGGAAAGUCCUUGGGCGCAAAGAUUCAGACGAGGAGCACUCCCGAAACCACUCCCCUUCGCCGCCCGUGACACCCACUGGCUCCGCCCCCAGCUUGUCCUCCCCCAAGCAAGUGGGGUCCAUUCAGAGAAGCGUCCGAAAGAGCAGCACCAGCAGCGACAACUUCAAAGCCUUGCUGCUGAGAAAGGGCAGUCGUUCCGACACGGGCGCCCGCAUGUCUGCGGCCGAGAUGCUCAAGCACACCGACCCGAGGUUCCAGAGGUCCAGGUCGGAGCCUGCGCCCGACACCCCUGAGAGCCCGUCCAGCUGCUCUCCAAGCAAGAACAGAAGGGCUCAAGAGGAGUGGGCCAAGAACGAAGGCCUCAUGCCUCGGAGCCUGUCCUUCUCCGGCCCCAGGUACGGGCGCAGCAGAGCGCCGCCCUCGGCAGCCAGCAGCAGGUACAGCAUGCGGAAUCGGAUUCAGAGCAGCCCCAUGACCGUCAUCUCAGAAGGAGAGGGAGAAGGCCUGGAGAUCACGGACCCCAGAGCUCGCCACCCGCUGGGUACUGCGAAGGGACACUGCUUGGACGGACUGGCAGGGGAUGCGAUGGACCAGGGGAGCCUGGCCCGAGGCGUGGAACCUACAGAUGGGACAACAGGUGCAGAGGGUGGGGGUCCACCAGAUCAGCGGGAGGAGAGUUAGGGAGAACCCCCUUGGGUGAGGUGGGAGGCGAGCAGUGAAUGCUUAGCUCUAGGAAGCCUGUGAAUCCUUUCCUGCCUUGCCCAGAAUGGGGUUAGACUCAGUGGC